UGACAGCAGUUUAAGAGGAACGGACUUGGGCUAUCCUCCUCUAGAUGGUAAUGGUCCUGUUUGUAAGUUGUUUUGUGAAUGCCGACAAAAUGCACGGAUUAUCUAAAUGGUGUGUUAUUUUAAUAUGGAUGGUCUCAUUUACAGUAGUGACAGGCCAAGAUUGUAACAUCAGCAAUUUCAACAAUGGCCAAAUAUCUAAUUUAAAUAUUGACAUUGUGGGUAUGGAGGAAACUUAUUCUAAUGAAAAGCAGAUCAUAGUUCCCUGCAAACACGGGUUUAAUGGAUUCUUCAAAAUAAAAUGCAGUGGUGGCGUUUGGACCAAAGUCCUUGGUGAUAAAUGUACAGCCAAAUCAUGUGGUCAUCCUGGCGAGUCCCUGAAUGCAGACUUCACGCUGGUUUCAGGCACAGAUUUUGUGUUUCCAUCUCAAGUGCAAUAUAAAUGCCACGAAGGCUACAUAAUGGUCAGCCGGAACCCCUACCGCAGAUGCUUGGACCAGGGUUGGAGUGGGAACACACCUACUUGUGAAGCCAUUAAGUGUCCAGAUAUUACCGUUGAUGAAAAUGUUCUCGUGACGGGUAACAGGUUACAGUCCUCCUACGGAAAUGUGCUUCAGUUUGGCUGCAGAAACAGAUUAUUGGCUCUCUAUGGGCCGUUACAUAUUCGCUGUGAAGGAAAUGGCCAGUGGAAUGAAGGACCACCAACAUGUGAUGAAGUGAAAUGUAAAGUGCCGGACAUUGCCAAUGGUAGAGCACAUAAUACUGAGUAUGCAGAAGGUCAGCAUCUGACAAUUACUUGCAACCCUGGAUAUUCACCCUCAGGAAGACGACCACAAUGUCUAAACAUACGCAAGAGAGCUGGAUGGAGCCAAACACCUCUUUGUGAAAGAGUGACAUGUCAACUGCUGCAAGAGAGAGGAACCACUUAUCUUGAUGUAUAUAAGGACCGAUUUUUACCUGGAGAAACCGUUUCGGUGAAAUGCGCCCAAGGCCACUGGUUUUCCUUUAAUGAUCAGCAAACCCAGAAAACAAUUACUUGUACAGAAAGUGGGAAAUGGAUUUCAGCUGGCGUCAUUUGGGUGGGGCCAUGCCAAGUGAUCACAUGUCAGGAUCCAAAUGACCCUAAUUUGAAAGAACGGCUUCGAACUGCACAAUAUGGUGGAUAUGCAUACUACCGGUGCAAAGAAGGCUUCAGGCCAACUGCUUAUGUUACAGCUAGAUGCACGGAAAACGGAUGGACCCCAAACCCACUCUGUCUGCCCUCCCAAUGCAAUUUACCAAAAAGAGUAGAGAAUGCAGUUAUUACUGAAAAUAAACGGGUGGUCUACUGGGAUGGUGCCAGAGUAACCUACAAAUGCCGUACCAAUUACAGAAUGGAAGGAGAGAGUAUAAUUACAUGCCAACAUGGUCAAUGGACUCAAGAAACUCCUACUUGCAUCCAAGUGACAUGUCAACUGCCGCAAGAGAGAGAGAACACUUAUCUUGAUGUAAAUAAGGACCAAUUUUUACCUGGAGAAACCGUUUCGGUGAUAUGCAACCAAGGCCACUGGUUUUCCAUUGAUGAUCAGCAAACCCAGAAAACAAUUACUUGUACAAAAAGUGGGGAAUGGAAUACAGCUGCAGAAUGCCAAGAGAUCAUCAUAUGUCAGGAUCCAAAUGACCCUAAUUUGAAACAAUGGCUUCAAAGUACACGAUAUAGUGGAUAUGCACACUACUGGUGCAAAGAAGGCUUCAGGCCAACUGAUGAUACAGCUAGAUGCACGGAAAACGGAUGGACACCAAACCCACUCUGUAAAGAAGUGACAUGUCAACUGCCGCAAGAGAGAGAGAACACUUAUCUUGAUGUAAAUAAGGACCAAUUUUUACCUGGAGAAACCGUUUCGGUGAUAUGCAACCAAGGCCACUGGUUUUCCAUUGAUGAUCAGCAAACCCAGAAAACAAUUACUUGUACAAAAAGUGGGGAAUGGAAUACAGCUGCAGAAUGCCAAGAGAUCAUCAUAUGUCAGGAUCCAAAUGACCCUAAUUUGAAACAAUGGCUUCAAAGUACACGAUAUAGUGGAUAUGCACACUACUGGUGCAAAGAAGGCUUCAGGCCAACUGAUGAUACAGCUAGAUGCACGGAAAACGGAUGGACACCAAACCCACUCUGUAAAGAAGUGACAUGUCAACUGCCGCAAGAGAGAGAGAACACUUAUCUUGAUGUAAAUAAGGACCAAUUUUUACCUGGAGAAACCGUUUCGGUGAUAUGCAACCAAGGCCACUGGUUUUCCAUUGAUGAUCAGCAAACCCAGAAAACAAUUACUUGUACAAAAAGUGGGGAAUGGAAUACAGCUGCAGAAUGCCAAGAGAUCAUCAUAUGUCAGGAUCCAAAUGACCCUAAUUUGAAACAAUGGCUUCAAAGUACACGAUAUAGUGGAUAUGCACACUACUGGUGCAAAGAAGGCUUCAGGCCAACUGAUGAUACAGCUAGAUGCACGGAAAACGGAUGGACACCAAACCCACUCUGUAAAGAAGUGACAUGUCAACUGCCGCAAGAGAGAGAGAACACUUAUCUUGAUGUAAAUAAGGACCAAUUUUUACCUGGAGAAACCGUUUCGGUGAUAUGCAACCAAGGCCACUGGUUUUCCAUUGAUGAUCAGCAAACCCAGAAAACAAUUACUUGUACAAAAAGUGGGGAAUGGAAUACAGCUGCAGAAUGCCAAGCUUUAUUCAGAUGUCAGGAUCCAAAUGACCCUAAUUUGGAAGAACAGCUUCAAAGUAAGGGGAUUGGUGAAAAUGCACAAUACCAGUGCAAAGAAGGCUUCACGCCAACUGAUGCUCGUACGGCUACAUGCACGGAAAACGGAUGGACACCAAACCCACUCUGUAAAGCUAAUGGAGCUGAGCUGGAGAAGGUGGAGCCUACUGUCGUGUCUGGGUCCAGUGCAACAACCACCGCAGAUAGAGGUAGCGAAAUAACUUGUGGGGAUCCGCCGUCGCUGCCUGAUGGAAAAAUCUGUGGAAAUUUUAAGGCACCCCACAAGCACGGGGAUAAAGUGAGAUACGCUUGUGGAAUUAACUUCACCAUUAAGGGAGACGUCAAGACCUGUGAGAACGGACAAUGGACCGGAGAGACUAGAUGUCUUGAUAAUGGAGCUGAGCUGGAGCCUACUGUCGUGCCUGGGUCCAGUGCAACAACCACCGCAGCUAAUGGAGCUGAGCUGGAGAAGGUGGAGCCUACUGUCCUGCCUGGGUCCAGUGCAACAACCACCGCAGAAUCGGCAUUGAUGGAUGCGCGAGAGGUGAUACCACUUCACGACAACAGCGAGGCCGAGGCGUCCCAGGAAUAGAAACGCGAAUCAGUUGCCUUAUUAGGUCCUCCACAGUCGCCCCAUCAGUCCCUGGCAGUCUUGUCCCUGGAGCAGCUGUCCCUGGAUCACCUGCCCCUGAAUCACCUGCCCCUGGCAAAGUGGCCUCUUGAUUGCUCUCUCUGUCUCCUGUCAUGUCCUUUUCAUCACUCUUGAAAUCCACCUCAAUUUCUCCCUCAAUCUCUAACAAUUACAAGGUAAUGUUGCCGUUAUAUGUAUUUUGCCUUUGCAUUUGCAACUUCUGUCAUCUCUAAUGUAAGGCAAUGUAAGAAGAUUAAUUAAAGCGAAACAUUUCUGUAAUGUGAAUUAAAUCGUCUGCCACAAUCAGAAACCAAUAAAAUGUAUAAAUGGAUCUACCGGCAAUUGUUAAUUGGGUAGAAAUGUGUAGAUUAUCUACAUUGUGUGCAAAUCCUCAGAGAAUCCCUGACUUCUGGUGUUUUUUUAAACUGAAUGUACAAAUAUGAAUUAUGUAAUCUCAUUAGGAGUGUAGUCUAUCCUUGAACUAUUGUUAGCUGCAUGGAUCAUACCGAAGUUUUUGGCGCAAUAUGUGUGGUCCGUUGCACUUGGUUCUGGAGGCACCCUCACAGAAGGGGGUUUCAUCCUUCGGCUUAGGGCGAUGAAUGAAAACUGUUGGGACUGCAUCGGGCCUCAGCUUCAACAUCCCUUCUCUUUUUGUGGCAGUGAAUUGGUCAUCUUCAAAGUUUCUGAGUUUUUGACUGUUGCUGACCCCUGGCACUUGUAAGUUUUGACGGCUGACCAUUGCCAUCCAUUUCUUCCUGCACUCUUCCUUGGAAGCCAUACAUGUGGUAACCCUUCUCGGACCGAUUGGAGCAUCCAAACGCUGCACAGCCAACCAUGGUAUGACCAUUGAUCUAAAAAACAAUUUUGAAUUUGCUCAGGGCUAUUAUAAGUAUUGUAAUGGCAUAAAGUAUAGUAUAUUUGCAACGUUAUUAUAUGUUAAUGGCUUGCCCUAAGUAUAUAGUGUUCCCUGCUGUGUCCAUUGUUGAAUCUGUUCACACAAUCGCACUCACUUGUUCUUGUUGUCACACAUUGUUUAAUAAAAU